AUGCCGCGACACCUGUUUUCCGCUGCGGUGCUGCUGCUCCUCGUUGUGCUGAUAUGCUGCGGCUAUGGAACUGUGCACGCUGAGGACGAGAAACCAAAGGAAGCGCAACUGCCGCAGAGUGUUGAACUUUUCGCGCCAAACAAGACGCAAGUGGAAACUCAGGGUAGAGGUCUAACAAGAGAGUUUUUUGCCUCACCUUCGCUCGCCAGUGCUGGUGGAGUCUUGGCGGCUUUUGCCGAAGGCCACAUCAACUAUACAGACCCCAAUAGUCCAUUGGUGGGGUGCACUUUUUCUGAUGUUGUGGCGGGGUACUUCGACGCUGCGGAGAGCUGGGCGUCUCUUGUUGCUGCGGUCGACGCUGGCAAGUGGAAGGCAUACAGCGUCCUUGCCAGAACCAAACAGGUGGGUCAUGUGGGCUACGCGUUUUUCCCCACCACAGUUGCAAAGGACAACAAAGUCUUUCUUCUUGUGGGAAGCUACGAUUUGAUCUACGACUUUCUUAAGUCAAAGAGGAUAAAAAGCGACUGGAAUUUUGCUUUGCUGGUAGGUGAGCCCACGCAAGGCAAACAGAUCCAGUGGGGCCAGCCCCAACAGCUGCUGCCACAGAUCGCCCAAUCCGCUCAAGCGAAACAAAUGGAUGAGUUUUCUGGUGCUGGUGGCUCAGGCGUUGCGACGGCGAGUGGCGCGCUUGUGUUUCCUGUGGUGGCAAUUAAGGGAGGGUCCUCACUUGUCUCCACGAUCAUCUACUCGACGGACGACGGCCAAACGUGGGUGCUCCCGAAGGGGAUGCUCCCUACGGACUGCACUUCACCCCUCCUCGCCGAGUGGGAGGCGGGGCAGCUGCUCAUGAUUGCCGAUUGUGUGUUUGGCCGCAGGGUGUUCGAGUCGAGGGACAUGGGGGCAACGUGGGCGGAGACUGUCAGGACACUCUCGCGCGUGCGGGGUGAUUUCAGAUCAGACCCUUUGCAACGGCCUCGGCGUGUGACGUCCCUCACCACCGCGACGAUUGCUGGAACGAGGGUCAUGCUGUACGCCCAGAAAGAGUACCCACUAGGGGAGGCGGAGGCCGAAGCGGAGGCGCUCUUCCUUUGGGCCACCGACAACAACCGGACGUCCCUGGCGUAA